AUGUCCACCGCAUUCGUUCAGAAGCCGGCUCCGGCCUUCAAUGCCACCACCGUCUUCCCCGGCGGCGAGUUCAAGGACAUCUCCCUGUCCGACUACCUUGGCCAAUGGGUCGUCCUCCUCUUCUACCCGCUAGACUUCACCUUCGUCUGCCCGACCGAGAUCAUCCAGUACAACGACGCUAUCCCGCGCUUCAAGGAGAUCAACACCACCGUCCUCGGCCUCUCGACCGACUCGCACUUCUCCCACCUGGCCUGGGUCUCCCAGCCCCGCAAGCAGGGCGGUCUGGGCCCUGACUUGGAGCUGCCCCUCGUGGCCGACAAGUCGCAGAAGAUUGCCCGCAGCUACGGUGUGCUGCUUGAGGAGGAGGGUGUCGCGCUGCGCGGUCUUUUCAUCAUCGACCCCAAGGGUGUGCUGCGACAGAUCACCAUCAACGACCUGCCCGUCGGCCGUGACGUCGAGGAGACCAUUCGCCUCGUCCAGGCCUUCCAGUUCACCGAUGAGCACGGCGAGGUCUGCCCCGCCGGCUGGCAGAACGGCAGCAAGGGCAUGAAGGCCGACCCCAAGGGAAAGCUGGAGUUCUUCGAAGCCCAGAAGGAGAAGGCCGCGAACGGAACUGUGAGUAACGGAUCAUCCAAGAAGAGAGCGAGAGUGGAAUGA